AGUGUACGAACGAUUUAUCUGGACUCGUACAUCAAUGGAGGAAUAAACAUUACAGGAUUUGAAGUCUUCCAGGAAGGAAAAACUCUGCAAUAUAAAAGAAAAUAUUUGAAACCAGUAAAGACCGAGGAACACAUGUCAACAGACACUGCCAAUCUACUGUUUCAGUCUUUAAGGAUGUUCCAGCUGCACCAAGGUUCCACUUCGGUCUUUGGAAACGUCAAUGGCUGGCAGGUUACACAGGAGAGCACGUGUUUGCCCCAGCUAAGAUGGCGCUGGAAAUAUGGGCGCGCUCUAGCGAAAGUCUUUCAAAAUAUGACAUUUGUUGGCAAGAGUGGUUUGAUUCGUUUUGAUUCAGGGGGGCAACGAAUAGAUUACUCGGUGGAUGUCCAGGCUGUGACAAUGUACAGAGGUAUAACUACUGUGGGGACAUGGCAUAAUGACAACUUUGAAGCUCACGGAGAAGAACAGGUCCUAGACAAAGCUAAUCGCACCAUCGACAAUCGGACAAGGAUUGUUACAUCAAUUGAUGAAGAACCCUACCUACAGUCCUCGACAGAAGCUGUAGAUGGUGUACCUUUGGUUGGAUAUCAUCGAUUUUUUGGUUACUGCUCUGAUUUGGCUGAAAUGGUGUCACGCAAUGUUGGAUAUGAAUAUCACAUUCGAUUUGUUCUAGAUGGAGAAUAUGGUAGAAAACAGGACGACGGGACGUGGAAUGGAGUCAUCGGAGAGCUUAUCAAACACGAAGCUGACAUUGCUAUAGCACCUUUAACUAUUACAUCAGACCGUGAGAAAGUCUUAGAUUUCACGAAGCCAUUCAUGAACCUGGGCAUCUCAUUAAUGAUUAAAAAGACAGCUGACACAGGUCAUCGAGUGUUUUCAUUUAUGGAACCUUUAUCACAGGAAAUAUGGCUGUGCACAGUAUUUGCUUUUAUUGGCGUGAGUGUGGUACUUUUCCUGGUCAGCCGAUUCAGUUCUGAAGAAUGGCAACUGGACGCUGACUCAAAGCUGGAAAACGACUUCACUAUUGGCAACAGCCUUUGGUUUUCUUUAGGUGCCUUCAUGCAACAGGGGUGUGAUGUGCUACCAAAGUCAGUCUCUGGACGCAUUGUGACAAGUGUCUGGUGGUUCUUCACACUCAUCAUUAUCUCGUCGUAUACAGCAAAUUUAGCAGCUUUCCUCACCACAAUGCGAAUGAGUGGCAGUAUUCGUUCAGCAGAAGACCUGGUGAAGCAAACGGAAAUAAAAUACGGUCCAUACAGAGGAGGAAGUACUUACAUGUUUUUCAAUCAAACAACUGUGCCCUUGUAUCAACGCAUGUGGUCCUUCAUGACUUCACAGUCAGAUGUAUUUGUUAAAGAUAAUGACGAAGGGAUCAAGCGUGUUCGCGAAAGCAAUGGACAAUAUGUCUUUCUCAUUGAAUCAACGUUAAAUGAAUACUACAGUUCAAGGUUACCAUGUGACACAGUAAAAGCUGGAAAUAACUUGGAUGCCAAAGGCUACGGUAUAGCAACACCUAUGGGAUCUGAUAUCAGAGAUAAAUUAACACUUAGCAUUCUUCAACUGCGGGAGGAUGGCGUCCUGGAUGAAUUGAAAAAGAAAUGGUGGAUUGAAAAGUCUCAGUGUCCACCAGAAGUUACAACCAAGGAGACUGAUGCGUCUUUGACCUUGUCCAAAGUGGCUGGCAUCUUUUACAUUCUUGUCGCAGGAUUGGGCCUCUCCAUGAUUUCUGUGAUACUUGAAUUUCUUUACAAAACCAAAGUGGACUCCAGAAAGCAAAACGUGUCAUUUGGUUCUGAAGCACGCUCCAAGUUUAGACUUUCUAUCAGUGGUCACUCAGAGGAAGACUCAAAUGAUCAAAGAACACCCUUAAAAUCAACAACAAGCAUGUUUACAACAGCGAACACUCCGGGAGAUGAGGAAUCCGUUUUGCACAAAACUCAAACUUUGGUUUAA